UACAGUUUUUCUUCUACUGAUAUUUUCUUGUCAUAUUUUUUCAGACAGUUUUACGCAUUCGAAUAAAUAACACGAACAUAAUUUAGCUUACUGCAGUUAUUAUAUGUUUCUCGUGAUAGUGAUAUGUUUAUAUUGAAAUACGGACUUGUGACCAAAUGGGUAGUGAAUUAAAUCUUCACACUACUGAAUCCAGGUUCUCUGCACACUGUCUGUUAUGCCAAAAUUCUUUGAGCCAUAUUACAUUUGGACUAAAUAUAUUUUGCCACUCAUUUGUCAUGUCAUUAUCAGCACAUUGAGUAUAGUAUGCAGGACAUGGAUUGGAACUAUAUUUUCCUUUGUGUGGAACUGGACUGGAGGAUGGUUCAGCUGGACUCGCCAGUCGGAUACCAUGCUACGGAACAUCGAAAAGAAAAUACUAUCAUGUCUUAACACAGUAUACAAGAGUUUCUACGUGGAUAUUGGAUCGGUUGUGGGACAGAGUGAUAAAAUAUGGACUAUAUCACUGAACGUCGAGUCGCCGAAGACUCCACUGGUGUUGCUGCAUGGCAUGGGCGCUGGUGUCGCGCUCUGGUGUCCAAAUCUUGACGCUCUCUCCGCGAACAGGCCUGUCUAUGCUAUUGACGUUUUGGGUUUCGGCCGAAGCUCCCGUCCGAAAUUCUCGGAUGAUGCGGAGAAGGCCGAGGCGCAAUGGGUGGAGUCGGUGGAGGAAUGGCGCCGGGAGGUGAAGCUCGAGGAGAUGAUCCUACUGGGACACAGUCUAGGCGGCUACUUGGCGACUGCUUAUUCUAUGAAGUACCCGGAAAGAGUGCGACACUUAAUCCUCGCCGAUCCGUGGGGCUUCAACGAGAAACCGUCAAAUGUAUACGAGAAGUACCAAGUACCAUUUUGGGUACGCGCCGUGGCCACCGUCGUGCAGCCGUUCAACCCUCUGUGGGCGGUCCGCGCCGCGGGCCCGGCCGGCAAGUGGCUGGUCAGCAAGACCCGCCCAGACAUCUCUAGGAAGUAUACCAAGUAUAUUAAAGACGCUGAAACGAUUAUACCGGAAUACAUCUACCAAUGCAACUCGCAGACGCCAAGCGGAGAAAGCGCCUUUCAUACAUUGAUGCAAGGGUUUGGCUGGGCGAAAAAUCCCAUGGUGAAGCGAUUCGACAAGUUAGACCCUAAUCUUCCGAUCACCGUGCUCUAUGGCUCGAGAUCAUGGGUAGAUAACUCCACUGGGCAGUUGCUCAGCGAAUAUCGCCAGUCUGACAAGACUUAUGUCCAGGGUAUAAAUGGCGCCGGCCAUCACGUAUACCUAGAUAAACCGGACUUAUUCAACAAAUACGUCCUAGAGGCGUGCCAGAAAGCGGAUGAUAGGAAACCGGAAUUGGAGAAAGCAUUGGUACCGGUAAACAGGACAGAGGACUCGGACGCUGCUAAUUCUUGAUAGUUGUUGCAGGUCGUAGUUAGUAUGUUAUUAUUGUGAAUUGACUUGUGCUCUAUCUUCUAAUGGUUUGUAAACAAUCACAAUUCGCUUUGGUAUUUGCUGCCAGCUAUAUUUAUAUAUAUAUAUAGUCUUUUUUGUUUCUAUUUUUAAUAGUUAUUGUUUUGUUUUUAUAUUCUGGUAUAAAAUGUACAGGAUUAUAUGGCAGAAGUGGAAAUCGAAGUGAAAUAGCAAUUUAAGCUUCCACGCCAAAAUAAAAUAAGUUUGAAGCAGUGCAACUAAUUUUUUAGCACUAUAGAUAUAUUUACAAGUUGUACAAACUAUACAAUAUAUAAUUCAUGUUGAAGGUUUUGUUUGCAU